AUGCCUCUAAGAAGAUCCACGGAAAGCCAAAGUGCUCGGGAAGAUGAUAUUCCCACUAACGCUGAGUUGGCUCAGGCUGUGAGACAGCUAGCUCAGUUGACCCAGGCAAUUGGAGAUCGAAUGCUCCAAAAUCCUCAAAGGAAUGGAAACGGGAAUGAUAUGGCUAAGUUAGUGGCUGGGCGAAAUCCUCUCAUUUUCUUAGGGCAAGAAGACCCAUUGGUGCUAGAAGAAUGGAUGCGAGUAUUCGACAAGCUGUUCGAUGCUCUCAACUAUCCUACUGAGCGACAUGUGGAUAUUUCUAUUUACUACCUUCAACAGCGAGCCGACAUUUGGUGGGCUGCAGCUGGUCCGACCCUACGUCAAUCGCCAGCUUUUGGAUGGGAAGAUUUCAAGGAUGCUUUGAGGGAGAAAUUUUACCCUGAACAUGUUAGGACGGCCAAGUACGAUGAAUUCCUUCAUCUGCGUCAAGGAAAUAGGUCGGUUUAG